GUGUCUUCCUCACCCAGCCAUGUCCGCACGGCCCCGUCCGAGACCGCGUCCAGUCCCAAAAUUGAAACCGCGUGCAACCGACGACGACCGGGCCGAUCGCGUCGACGGAGUGGCCUCGUCGUCGUCGUCGAAGGUGUUGCUGACAUCAGCCGCGGACGAGGAUGCCCAGUUCAUGCGCAACCGCGGACGGACAGCCGCUCAGUGGAAGCAGCUGCAGCAGCUGACAAGGAACAGCACUCCCGUUCACGCAGCAGACGACGACGACGACGAUUCAGAGCACCCCGAGUCAUCCGAUGCAUCGUCUUCUCCCGCGAGACGCUCCAAGAGGAAGAAACGCAACGACCGUCCCCGGUGGCAGACAGUCAGCGCCACCACAUUCCAAGCGAAAUUACUAUCAUCCGACGGGGAAGACAGCGACAUAGAAAUCAUUGAAUCCAUUAACCCCGAUGCCCAGCGAGCCGCCGGUGAAAGCUCCCCCAACAAACGGAAACGCGAACGAAGUCGGUCAAGGUCAAUCACGCCUCCUCCUAAACUCUCAGACUACCAGCUUGCCAACGCAAGAUACCUCGUACGACAAGCGCUGGCUGUGGAACCCCGGGCGCCUUCGCCGACCUUUCUCGCGGACGACUCGAUUGACAAUAUUGUACUGAACCCGGAGCUAGUUGAAAUAGCCGAAGCGGUCAAGAAACAAGCAGCGCAGCUGAAGACCGAUGCGGAGCAAACAGGGGGACCUGAAAUGGUUACCCUCAAAGUUAACUGGAUCCCACAUCCUCUCAACGCCGCGGCCCAGAAACAGACAUGGACUCGCGAAAUGAAACGACACGAUGCCUUCCGAGUGGACCAUCUCGUCGUCACCUACGAUGGCAAACGUGUUUUUCCAUCUGGUACACCUCACAGCCUUCGCAUUUGGACGGAGGGAGAGCUAGAGGCAUGUGACAAGAACACCUACGAGUAUAUGCGCUCCCUCCGCCUUCAACGUCCCCACUCUCCCGUACCCCAAGCCGACGACGCAUCUGAAGAAGGAGCAACGUCGAGCGACGACCAUUCCCACGCAGAUUCGGACGCUGAGUCGUCAGGAGGAGACAAGUUCAAACUCAUAUUCCGAUCGACAGUCGUUGACGACGUUACUCUCACCGUUCGGCCUACGACAAGUUGCGGCGCAAUCGUCAAGGCCUUCCUCAAGGCUGCCAGUCUUCCUGACAUCUAUAGCGAUGAUCCGCCGCCCAAAGCCAGAGGAUCGAAAUCGACACCCUACCCGCGACUCAAGAUCGACGGAGAGAAGCAAGAGCCCGACACAGAAAUCGGAGAUGCCGAGUUGGAGGAUGGUGAUUUGGUGGAAGUCGUUGGCAUAUGAACAUCGCAAGCUAUUAUACCCUACAAUAAUAAUAUUGGGCUAAUGGGUGGUCGUUCCUCAGUUCUCACUUGCUACCUUUGCUCUGCUAUGCAUUAAUCUUAUUAGAUUGAUUGACGAGAUGCUCUAAUCUUUGUACUGUUAUAGGAUGCACAUGCUAGUUUUUGGAGUUCAAUGCCAUCCAUCAGACGCAUUUUUCACAAGAAUUCUGGCGUUGUUGACAAAGGAUCUGAUCAGUUCAUCGAACGCGUUUCGCUCAUGUUCUGGUGCGUUCAUGUCCCCCCUCCUGGAAGCAGCGAACAGUAGUAAAGAAGGUCGGGCGAUUUCCAGCUCUAACUCGUGCGUGACCUCAGGCUAAAAAAUAAGCAAGAAAACCAACGCCACAGUAAAUCAGUUAUGCGCACCAAAGGGUUUGAACUCGAGGUG